AUGGCCAUGUCGUGGAAGCUGGACCUGCUUUUGCGCCUGGUCAGUCGGGAUGACCUUGCCCGCAUGCUAUUAGCGGAGCACAAGAAGAGGGUGAGUUGGGCUGAUAUCGAAGAUGUUUCAGGCAUCACCAAACUGUCCACGGAUCCAUACGGCAACCAUGUCAUUCGCCGCAUCCUUGAACAUGGCAAUGUCGAGCAGAAGAGGACCAUUGUGAAUGAGGUCUGUGCACACGUUCAUGAGCUUGGCAAGGACCAACAUGGGAGCAAGGUGGUGGAGACGUGCUUCGAGGCUGCCAACACCGGAGAACACGCCGCCUUCCUGAAGGUGGAGCGCCAGUGCCUGAUGCGCGCCGUCCUGGGACCCGCGCCGAAGGAUCGCUCGCAGUUUGCGCAGCUGAUCAACGACAGGUUCGGGAAGCAUGUGGGAAAAAGUGUGGUUCUGUACAGCCGGCCCGAGGAGAUGAACGUCCUCCGCAGGCUGAUGGCCUCCUCACCCGGGAACAAGGCAGCAAUUACCUCACUGCUUGAGAUGUUGGAGCAGCCUCAGCAGGCUCAGCAGUCGGUGUACCGAGACAAGAGGGGGGGCGAUCCCUCGGAAAAGGAAGUGCAGCACGAGCCCGAGGACAGCGAGGGGGCGCGCUCGCAGUCUGUGGAUCCUGCGACGAAUGGAAACAGCAUGAACAAAUUCACCCACUUAGAUUGUUCGAUCUCUUUUACCCAACAAAUUUAA